AUGGAUGUAAUUGGACCCAUAGAGCCUCCUGCAUCAAAUAGACAUCGUUUCAUCCUUGUGGCUAUCGAUUAUUUCAUAAAAUGGGUCGAAUCUUUGACAUAUAAGGCAGUAACUAAGAAAGUCGUGGCAGACUUUGUUCGCAACAAUAUCAUUUGUCGAUUUGGGAUUCCAGAAUCAAUUAUAACAGAUAAUGCGACCAAUCUCAACAACGAUCUUAUGAAAGAAAUUUGUGAGCGGUUUAAAAUUGUUCAUAGAAAUUCCACAACUUAUCGGGCGCAGAUGAAUGAAGUUGUUGAAGUUGAAAACAAGAAUAUCAAGAAGAUUUUAAGAAAGAUAGUGUAUAGUCACAGAAAAUGGCACGAGAAUUUACCAUAUGCUCUGCUUGGUUAUCGUACCACAAUCAGAACUUCCGCUAGGGUAACUCCUUAUAUGUUGGUUUAUGGUUCAGAAGCAGUAAUACUUGCUGAAGUGGAAAUACCAUCUUUGAGGAUUAUUCAAGAGGUCGGUUUAGAUGAUGCAGAAUGGAUUCGCAGCAGGAUUGAACAAUUGAUGCUCAUUGAUAAGAAAAGAAUGGACGUAGUUUGUCAUGGUCAACUUUAUCAAAACAGAAUGUCCAAAGCAUUCAACAAGAAGGUCAAACCUCGACAGUUCAUAUGA